GAAAAAUUAGAAUACCUUUACCGUAUACUGCUAGCUGGACAAAAUGUCGACCAAAGCAUUACAAGGAGUGUUUCGGGUGGUCGUGGAAAACGUGCUGAAUCGUUGGACGGCAUUGCGACUUGCAGUGGAGCAUGGCAUGGGCGGCCCACUUGGGCUAAAUACGGCAAUAGAACUGAUCGAAUACAUUACAUCGUACUGCACUGAAAACAAGCAUGUGGACGCGAUCGAUUUACGCGAGGUGCUGGAAGAAAUAAUGGACCAGGAGUUUGAGACCAUUUGCGAAGAUGAUUCCACUCAAGAGGUCAGCGCAGUUUUAAUAAAACAUUUGAAAAUGUUAAAGGAAGGCAAAGAGGAAGAAGUGAGGGCUGAAAUAGACUUGAUGGUUCCAUGCGAAAUGUGGAUAAAGAGUGGAUCCAAAAUAAAGUAUCAACAAAUGGACGAUAGCAGCGAUAGCGACGAAGAUACAAACGAGCAAGAGGAUAUGGAAGUGGAACCGGCAUCGGCUGACGACGUGUGUACGGAAGUUAAUCCCAGCACAUGUGGCUCCAGCACGAAGUUUAUCGAAGAGCCCAUCGAUCCCGGAUGGACUCAAGUUCGUGGCCGUCGUCGUCGAUAGUGUAGGG